AAUUAUUCAAAAUGGGUCGCGGUCCUAAGAAGCACAUGAAGCGUUUGAACGCCCCCAAGCACUGGAUGCUUGACAAGCUUUUGGGCUCCUACGCCCCUAAGCCUAGCUCCGGUCCCCACAAGACUCGCGAGUGUUUGCCUCUCAUUGUCUUCAUCCGUAACAGACUCAAGUACGCCUUGAACGGUCGUGAAGUCCAGUCCAUCUUGAUGCAGCGCCUCGUUAAGGUCGACGGUAAGGUCCGUACCGACUCUACAUUCCCUGCUGGUUUCAUGGAUGUCAUUUCCAUUGAGAAGACUGGUGAGAACUUCCGUCUCGUCUAUGACGUUAAAGGUCGCUUCGCCAUCCACCGCAUCACCGAGGAGGAAGCCAAGUACAAGCUCUGCAAGAUCAAGAAGGUUCUUGUUGGUGCCAAGGGUAUCCCCUACGUCGUAACCCACGAUGGACGCACCAUCCGUUACCCCGAUCCCUCCAUCAAGGCCAACGAUACCGUCCGCUUCAACAUCGAGGAGAACAAGAUCGCUGACUUUGUCAAGUUCGAAACCGGUAACGUCGUCUUGGUUACUGGUGGUCGUAACAUUGGUCGUGCUGGUGUUAUCGUUCACCGUGAGCGUCACGUUGGUGGUUUUGAGAUUGUCCACAUCAAGGAUUCCCUUGACCGUGUCUUCGCUACCCGUAUCUCCAACGUUUUCGUUAUCGGUCAGGGCUCCAAGCCCUGGAUCUCUCUCCCCAAGGGUAAGGGUAUCAAGCUUACCAUCACUGAGGAGCGUGAUCGUCGCAGAGCUGCCGCCGCUGCCGCCAACUAAACAAUUUUUUUUUCUAACCCAUUCAAUAUAUUAUGUGUAAAAUAAACGUGAUCUUUGAAUGGAUUCAUUACUGUACAUAUAAUUUUCAUCCAUCUAUUCUUUCAUACUUUAACUAUAUAUCAAAAGAUAUAUAUGUUUAUAUACUUAAUAAUUUAUAUCAAAAUUUAAACC